AUGCGACUUGGCUGGUAUGCUGGGGCCUCGACGGCCCUUGCAGGCACCGUUGUGCUCUCAGCUUUCUAUCAACGGGCCAACUUUUAUUCGGCAAUGGUAUAUCUCGCUCAGAGUAACUUUUGCUUAUUGGUCUUGGUCAACUUUGCGCUACUCUCCUACAGUAGCUUUAUCUACAGCUUAACACGAUUGUUCUACGGACCCCUCCGUGCUGUCGAAGUCGAGCAACUCACAGAGCGUGCCUGGUUUGCUAUUACGGAAACAUGCCUGGCCAUGACCAUCUUCCGGGAAGAAAUAGGCGCUUGGUUUCUCGUAAUGUUCGCCGCUUUAAUCACUGGUAAAGUUUGGGGAUGGAUCGGUGAUGGACGAGUCGAGGUUCUCGAGCAACAGCCGCCUGCAAACCCACGUCUGUUUCAUUUGCGACUUAGCGUGUCGCUCACUCUCAGCUUCAUCUACGACAUCUACAUCCUCCGAUACACGAUCAAUACGGUUAUACAACAAGCGAGACCCAACAUGAUGGUUAUGUUCCUCUUUGAGUUUGCGGUGUUGGCGACGAGUUCAUGGCGGACAGCUGCCCGAUAUGCGCUGUCAUUGACGGAGCACAAUAUUCAGGAGCAGCAGAAGCGCAAGCGACUCGCUGAAAGGAGACAGGAAGUUAGAGAGGAGCGAGAGGCGAUUGUACGACAGCGUGAAGCAGCUGCAGCAGCAGGCGAAGAAGUAUCCAAUGACCCUCUCCCGAACGAGGACGACAUUGAUGAAAUGGAUAUCGAAGUCCCCGGUUGGUCUGCUAAAGGAGAAUUUGUUCUUUGGCUUGACCUUGCGACUGAUUUGGUCAAACUUGGCAUAUAUAUCGUCUUCUUCUUCAUGCUCCUUACAUUCUAUGGAUUACCGAUCCAUAUAAUGAGAGACCUCUUCAUGACGGCACGCGACUUCAUCAAGAGACUGAGCGCUUUACUGAGAUACCGAAAAGCCAUCCAAGAGAUGAACCGCUACCCCGAUGCCACCCAGGAAGAGCUUACACGAGAGGAUACCUGUAUCAUCUGCCGUGAAGAAAUGCGACCCUGGGAUCCCGAGAACAACCCGGGAGCUAUGGAUAGAAUUCGCCCAAAGAAGCUACCCUGUGGACAUAUUUUGCAUCUUGGCUGCCUCAAGAGCUGGCUCGAAAGGCAGCAAGUGUGCCCUACCUGCCGUAGCCCUGUUACGCUCAACGAGAACACUCGCGCGGCUCAAAAUCGGGCUGCUGGACUUGGAAUACAGAUAGGAAGGGGAGGACGCCCUGUGGAACGGCAGCAGCCGGGAAACCUUUUUGGACAGCAGAAUGGAGGUGCUCAACCCGAACAACGACCAGCUCCGCCACGAGUUUUCAAUCUCGGCCCUUUCCGUGUUGGCUUCGGAGCCAAUGGGCAGCAAGUUAGAGAACUUGCGCAGCAAUUUGGCAUGCCUCAAGCUGCUCCUAACCAACAAGGACCAGCCCCCCCUACUCCUGGUGCCGGCACACCUACUGUUACUGGCCAUACUGCCCCGGCGACUCCUCUUCCCACUGGCGAUCACUUACAGAACGCUGGAAAUCUGCUACUCCAGGCAGAUCAGUUGAUCCAACGCGAACUGCAAUCAGCUCUGAUGGCGCAUCAAGAGGUACAGACUCUUCAGCUUCUCCAAGCAGAGUUACAACGCCUCAGACAGAGACAUCAAAAUCCAGACCAGGCACAAAACCCACAGACACACCCGAUACCACCUCCCAUUCUUCCACUAGCUCAAUCCCUAUUGCACCAGCCUUACCCUGUGCCACUACAGAUGCAGAUGCAGAUGCCGAUGCCUACAAACUUCCCGCAAUUCCCUGGCAUUCCUCCACGGAACCCAAGUCCCCUGAUGGCUCGGCAUGGUGCUCCCCCUAACGCGGUGCCAAUCCCCUCUGGCAGUUCUGAACUCCCCGAAGGAGUCGUGAUUCCACCUGGUUGGUCUUUAUUGCCCCUGCAACGUCUCGAUGGCAGCCAAGCUUCAACACAGCACUCGCCCCAAGUAGGCCCCCAAGCUGCGAUGGCAGAUAAUAUCAGUGUGGCUCAAUCUCCGUUCGCCGCCAGACAACCUUCUCCCAUCGGCAGCCGGAACCAAGAAACCCAACCAGCCGAGAAUGCAUCUGUCCCUACUUCUACUGAGCAACGUCCCCUUCAAUUCCCAACGCAGCUCACGCGUGCCGUUGACCCCCCUCAGGUCGUUGCGCCGAGCCCUCGUUUGCCAAACUGGGGAGGCUCAGCCCAACUAUUUGGUAGCAAUUCUCGUCUAGACCAGAAUGAGCAUGGGCCCCAGAGCGAGUUGCAGACAGAGGCAAACUCAAGCCAGUCCGCUCCAGCAGAGGUCAUACCUCAGUCAAGUCCAGCAGCUGAACAUACGCCACAAGGAUCUUCACCAUCGCAUAGUGAAGAUGAUGAAGAGCCGGAAAGUAGCUCUUUGAAAGGCAAGGCCAAAGCGGUGACUGUGGAGGACGUUGAGGAUGAGGAGGAUAAGGAUGCUAUAAAGGAGGAUUGA